AUGUCACUCAAAACCGUCAGUGUCGAGUACAUCGUGGAUAACUUCAAAUACACAGAUGCCUCUCACGUUGACACAUCCUUCCUGUCGAGCUUGAAAAACGUGAGACAGCUCAGCCUCGAGUUCCGCAAGGGCACAGCAGCUACUCUACUCGAGAUCGCGCGCGGGUUGGUGCAAGGAAACAGCCCCCACCUCGUCGAUUUCACGCUCUACAUGCCCCUCGUCGCCCUCACCCUUGCAACGGAGGCGGACGUCAUCGAGCUCGCCGGACUCACCUCCCGAAGGCCUUUCUCCAGUGUCAAGAAUGCGAGCAUUUGCCUAGACUGGGACGGAGAGCAUGAUUUAGAGAUAUCUGGAACACAAGCGUUGGAAGUCUUGGCUAGGAUAGACCUGGAAGUGGAGCCGUAA